UAAACCUCCGCCUCCUCCUCAAACCCCCGUAAUUCCCCAUUUGCCCCUCGCCGGAACCUCCCCCUUUCUCUCCGUCAAUCCUCUGCAAUGGCUCUCAAGGCCGUGCACGUCUCCGACGUCCCCAACCUCGACCACGUCCCCGACGGCCCGUCCGUCGCGGCGCUCGGCUUCGCCAGGGGCGGCGGCGAGGCCUGGGCGCCGUUCAAGGCGCCCAGGUUCCUGGUGAUCGGGCACCGGGGGCACGGCAUGAACGCGCUCCAGUCGAGCGACAGGCGGAUGAGGGGGCUCAAGGAGAACAGCCUGCUGUCCUUCAAUGCCGCCGCGAGGCACCCCAUCGAUUUCGUCGAGUUCGACGUUCAGGUGACCAAAGAUGACUGCCCAGUCAUUUUCCACGACGACUUUAUCCUCUCCGAAGACAACGGCACAGUAUUUGAAAAAAGAGUGACAGAGCUGUGCUUAGCCGAAUUCCUCUGCUGCGGACCGCAGAGAGAAAAUGGGAAGAUCGGGAAUUCGCUCCUGAGGAAGACGAAAGACGGGAAGAUAGUGAGAUGGGACGUGGAAGAGGACGACUCCCUCUGCACGUUGCAGGAGGCUUUCGAGAAGGUGGAGCCUUCGCUCGGCUUCAACAUCGAAUUGAAGUUCGACGACCUCAUCGUUUACCAACAAGACCACCUCGUCCACGUCAUUCAAGCGAUCUUGAAGGUCGUCUUCGAGUGUGCACAAGGAAGGUCCAUCAUCUUCUCCACGUUCCAACCCGAUGCAGCUCUCCUGGUCAAAAAAUUGCAGAGCAUGUACCCUGUGUUCUUCUUGACUAAUGGCGGGACGGAGAUUUACGACGAUUCACGGAGAAAUUCAUUGGAGGAAGCCGUGAAGCUGUGCUUGGAAGGGGGUCUUCAGGGGAUCGUUUCGGAGGUGAAGGGCGUUUUCAGAAAUCCAGCCGCUGUUCCCAAGAUCAAAGAGUCCAAGCUCUCUCUGUUAACAUAUGGCAGAUUAAACAAUGUUUCCGAGGCGGUGUACAUGCAAUACUUGAUGGGCAUUGACGGAGUGAUCGUCGAUCUGGUUCAGGAAAUCACAGAGGCGGUGUCUGAUCUGAUCAAGCCCGCCGAGGAAGAACUCGGAGAGAGCGUAGGUGAAGCGGAAGGGGGGAAAGUCGAGUCGAAGCCUAUGUUCUCGGAAAAGGAGCUUGCUUUUCUUCUCAAGCUCAUACCAGAAUUGAUACAGCUAUAGAAGACGGAGCCAUAAUUAAACCCGCAAAUUCCGAAAAGGAAAAGAAAUAGCCUUUCGUUGUGCAUUAGCGUGUGGUGUGGAGGGAAGCCAAAGCAUGUCAUACUCAUUGUUCUGUACAUAAUCGACUCAGUUCCUCCCUCUCUCUCUCGCUCUGUCUCUCUGAUAUAUUAAUUUGAAAACGACGAGGACCUUUACUUAGCACAUGCCUUCCUCGUCGGUUCCUCCAUUUUGUAGAAUAAUCACACGAGUUAAUGAGAAGUGGCUUGGGUAGUCAAAGCCCAUCCAAACAAAACUUUGCCAA